ACACAUGCGUGGAAUAGAGAUUAGAGUGUCUUUCCCAGACGGAGCAGACGAUCGGAGACACCGGGUUCAAUUAUAAAUAAUAAAUAGCCAUGCCCACCACCAUUAUUUAUAGUUAUACCCCUACUCUUCUAUUAAAAUCCUCAUUUGUCCCCGCUCCUAUUCCAAGGCUUAGACCACCUGCACGAGCACAACAUCCGCGACGUCGUUCACCUUAUCCCACUCGCUCAGAAAUGGAUGCCACUGGAGGUCAAAGUCUCUACCCGUUGCACCGUUGUAAAACACUUCACCUGGUAAGGCAUGCCCAAGGGAUUCACAACGUGGAAGGGGAAAAGGACCACGAUGCAUACUUGUCUUAUGAUCUUUUUGAUGCACACCUUACUCCUCUUGGCUGGAAGCAGGUUGAUAAUCUGCGUACGCAUGUUCAAGCAAGUGGACUUUCCAAAAGAAUUGAUUUAGUCAUUGUUUCCCCUUUGUUAAGGACUAUGCAAACAGCAGUUGGAGUCUUUGGUGGUGAAGCAUAUACAGAUGGGGUAAAUGUGCCUCCUCUAAUGGUUGCAAAUACGGGGAACAGUGACCAUCCAGCAAUUUCAAACCUAAAUUGCCCACCAUUUUUAGCAGUAGAGCUUUGCCGAGAACAUUUGGGGGUUCAUCCAUGUGAUAAGAGACGGAGCAUUAGGGAAUAUCGCCCUCUUUUUCCUGCAAUUGAUUUUUCAUUGAUAGAGAGUGAUGAUGACAUUUUGUGGAAGACUGACAUUAGAGAGAAGAAUGAAGAAGUCGCUGCCAGGGGAAUGAAGUUUUUGAAAUGGUUGUGGACACGUGAAGAGAAGGAGAUUGCAAUCGUCACCCAUAGCGGAUUCUUGCUUCAUACCCUAAGUGCUUUUGGAAAUGAUUGUCAUCUGUCUGUGAAGAGUGAAAUUUGCACACCUUUUGCGAAUUGUGAGCUUCGGUCAGUGGUCAUCAUUGAUAGGAGCCUGAAGUCAUCAGCUUCCUCAACGACUAACUAUCCUGGAAAAAUCCCUCAUGGACUUGAUCUUCCCAAUGAUGUAGCAACUGAGAAGCAUCCAGAGAAAGGAGUGACUAACUAACUCUAAGCCUAUAACAAUGUUCAAGAUGGAAUAAACUUAAAUACACUAUGAUUUUUGUAAUUCCCAAGUGAAUAUCUAACUACAAAAAGUAAGGCGUCCAUUUUUGUAAGGUUGGUCGAUCUGUUAGGCAAUUUCAAGAUUCAUUUUUCUUGGAGUAGAUAGAUCUAAAGCCUAUAACAGAGAUGUAGGUGCCCUUUUCAGAUGAAGUUGUGGACACAUUUGGUUGAUUCAACUAAGUUUGGCUUUCUAUGUUGGCCAUGGAUGAUGUUCUUGUUUUUUGUACGUUUGGUUAAUUGUUAAUUCAACAUACAGUAAGGUUUCUGUUUUAA